UGGCGCGGCCUGGGGUUUGUUUGUAUUGUGGGUGGUACGUGUGCAGCCCGGGAAAAACUGGAAAUGGCGUCGCCGAGCGGGAGGUCGCCGUCCACUCUGCACAGAAAAGGACUGAUGGCGGCUGACAGGAGGAGCAGAUGCACCCUGGGCUGUGUUAGUUUGACCAGAAAGGAUAUGGGGCAGGGGGCACAGCGAGACAGACACUUGACUGUCUCUCUGAGGUCUUUGAUGGUGAGUCUCGAUUUCUUCCAGUUGAGCUGUGACUAUGACACAAGUCUCCCUUUCUCGGUGUGUGAGACCUGCCCCCCUCACAAGCAGCUCCGCCUGUCCACAGGUCCCAUGGAACACUCCUUAGAUAAUGGGGAUGGUCCUCCCUGCCUUCAGGUGAAGCCAUGCACUCCUGAGUUUUAUCAGGCACACUACCAGCUGGCCUAUAGGUUGCAGUCUCAGCCUCGUGGCCUGGCACUGGUGUUGAGUAAUGUGCACUUCACUGGAGAGAAAGACCUGGAAUUUCGCUCUGGAGGGGAUGUGGACCACAGUACUCUAGUCACCCUCUUCAAGCUUUUGGGCUAUAAUGUCCAUGUUCUACAUGACCAGACUGCACAGGAAAUGCAAGAGAAACUUGAGAAUUUUGCACAGUUACCUGCACACCGGGUCACAGACUCCUGCAUAGUGGCACUCCUCUCACAUGGUGUGGAAGGUGGCAUCUAUGGUGUGGAUGGCAAACUGCUUCAGCUCCAAGAGGUUUUUCGACUUUUUGACAAUGCUAACUGUCCAAGUCUACAGAACAAGCCGAAAAUGUUCUUCAUCCAAGCAUGCCGUGGAGACGAGACAGACCGAGGGGUUGACCAGCAAGAUGGAAACAACCACCCGCAAUCCCCUGGAUGUGAGGAGAGUGAUGCCGGCAAAGAAGAAUUAUUGAAGAUGAGACUGCCGACUCGCUCGGACAUGAUAUGUGGCUAUGCUUGCCUAAAAGGCACGGCUGCCAUGCGGAACACCAAACGGGGUUCCUGGUACAUUGAAGCACUCACUCGGGUUUUCUCUGAAAGAGCUUGUGACAUGCACGUGGCUGACAUGCUGGUUAAGGUGAAUGCCCUUAUCAAGGAGCGUGAAGGCUAUGCCCCUGGCACAGAAUUCCACCGAUGCAAGGAGAUGUCUGAGUACUGUAGUACUCUGUGCCGGCAGCUCUACCUGUUCCCAGGCCACCCGCCCACGUGAUGCCACCUGCUCUUCCUGCUGUUGGAGGCCACUGAACCAUGGGGGGCACAAUGGAGCUUUCUCUUCAGGAUGUUUUUUUUCUAUCUACCCCCUCAGGGAUAUGAGACUCUCCCAGGUUGUUUCCUGUCAGCCGUCUCCAUCUUUGGGUAUGAGACUUACAGACAGCUCUUCCGAUGUGGUGCGCUCUCCCUGUAGAGCCAACUCUGAAUGGAGUUACGGCCAGAAGCAUUUUGGCUAUAGCCAAAGCACCUGGAAAAUGACAUUGUGAACACAGUAUUGAGGGGAGAGGACAUAUGGAUUUCUCAUUGUUUGCUAUUUCUGUUCCCAGGGCUUUUAGGGGUACUUUGCUCAUUGCUUUUGUUCCAUCAGUUAAGGUAUCUCAGAGAUCGUUUCCUAUCUUAUUUUUUUCAUAUCUAAACCUCAUUUGUCCCACAGUGAAGAAUUGGAAGAUGUCUCAGUUUAAUGUAAGUGUGCUCAUCUGUCUUGAUGAGGCAGAUGAGAGAAUUAGACCCUGCUUCUGUGAGCAGAAGUUCCUGGGCAUUUGAGUGCAGGCCCUGGGCCCUAGGUGACGAACCAUCUUCUCAGCUUUGCCCUUUGCUCCUUUGUGCUCUGUGCACCCAGCCUUUGAACAGAGCCUGAGGUCUGCAUGCCUAACUCUGGAAGUUGUAGAAAUUUCCCUGGUCCUGCUGUAUUUGAAUUGUCAUUGAGAUGAACCUGGUAGGGCAUUUCAGUAUAAAGUGCAGUGACAGGUAAGCGUGCCAGGUCUCACAGUGUCACCUGUCACCAGGAUCUCCUUCCUUGCUGUGAUUUCUGCAGUGCACUUACACUGUACUUCAUAUCUGGCCAUCAUGAAGUCUCUUGCUUUGCACUGAUUCCCACUUUCCUUUCCUCCCGUUCACUGCUUCUGAGAAGUCUGUGAAGUCCCCCUUUGCAGUGUCUGGCCACUGAAGGUGCACUGUAGUUCCUGUUCCUGCCAUCUGCUUCAGCGUAAAGUUCCUUCAGUUUAUGAGGCAUUACCCGCCCCCCCCCAUUGUUCUGUGUUAGGAGGAUAGUAACAUACAUGAUACUCCAUUAACCUCUAAGCACUUCUCUCUGCUUUUAUGAAACUUUCUUAUUCUUUAAAAUCUUUUGCAUUUCCAUUUUGCCUCUUCUAGUUUAUUCUCCACAUAAUAGUAGUUUUUUUUUUUUUUUUUUUUUUUUUUAAACCCCUGCUUAGAACACUGGCUUUCUGUUACACCUCAUCUAAAAUUCAAAUGCUUACCCCAGUUUACGAGAUCUGGCUCUUACCUUCCUUUUGGAUCUCAAUAAGUGGUGAUUUCUCACUGUGCUCCAGCCCCUCUCGGUUCCUCAAAUCAGAGCCAUGGUUUUCUGAGCUCUCUAUUCCUGAGUCUAGUGGAGACGUCUCAACCAUGCUAUCCACGAACAGUCUUCUGGACCUCUGCUGACUGCAGCAUGGUGGCCGUUCAUUGUGCUUCUGCAGUUUGUAAGGCACAUUUGCAUGUUUCACUUGUUGAUAUCUUCCCUACUAAGCUGAAACCUCCCAGAGCAGAAACCAUGUUUCUUACUCUAUACCCAGUACCUGGAACUUAGUAGGUCUUCGAUGAUUGUUUCUUGAAUAAAGGAAGGAGGCAAGCAGCUAACUCUAGUGAAAUCCUACCUUUUAGCAAUUUCUAAGUUGCUGUUAUAGUAUACAGGUUAAUUAGUAUUUGUACUCUUCUGGUUUUUUCAGUUGUUUUAUUUUUAUCCACUGAUUUGUUGUUUGUUUUUAAACUGUUUGAAGACAUAUCACAUGUGAGACAACUUCUUUCACAUCUCCAUGGUGCCCAGUAUGUUUGAGGCCUAUGGUAGUUGAGGUGCUCAAUGUUUGUUGUGUGAACCAGGUGGUUUGAAGACUUCCUGCAAAAUUCUGCCUUUGGGUCAGUAUAGAAUGCAUAUAUUUGAGUGAUAGAAUCUUCACACUUUCCACUGCCAAGAAUUUGUAUUGCCAUCAGGUGCCAAAUAAAUGUUGAUGCUUAUUACUGA